ACGCAUUUUCAACACAGUUGACGACGGCUUUUGUAACGCUCAGUUUGGUACGGAACACGGUCGUCGGAGGAGAAAAAUAUUCUAAAUUAUUUUCUUUUAUUUCCUAUGCUGCCGCCAUAAUAGCCAGCAGAACAUAAAUAUCCUUGGCGUUACAGAAAAAACAUAUCUGGUAUAUGUAAAGAAGCAUUCGUCAACUGUAAUUCGUUGAAUAACGCCGCAGAGAAUUGACAUCAAGGGGCUCAAGAAAUUUUCAAAAGGGAAAAUUUUUCCUCUUGAUAAUUAAACAGAACAACGCGCCAUCAAUUAAACAAUCAAUCACGACAAGGAAAAGAGGAAACAGCCACGAGAAUCUAUUGCACUUUUAAGUUCAAUUGAGAGGGAAUCUCACAAUCAAUACAACACAACACAACCCCAGGCCAUACAACGCAACAACAACAAAAAUGGUGAAUAUAACCGAUAGCACCAGCAAACAUGCACCCCAAGAAAUGGAGCAGUUUUUGCCCGGCGAUGGAUUGGGUGGAAAUACGAAAUACAAAAUCCAGCCCCGCAAAGACACCGAACAGGCUUUGAAUCAAUCAGAUUAUGAUCCUUUUGCCGAAAGACAAAAUGAACAUCCCACAACCGACAGUGAAACCCUUACACAUUUACUGAAGGCUUCUUUGGGUACUGGCAUUCUGUCCAUGCCCAUAGCUUUCAUGUACUCUGGUAUUAUAAUGGGAAUUUUUGCAACGAUAUUAACCGCCCUCAUCUGUACACACUGCAGUUAUGUGCUGGUGAAAUGCGGUCACAAAUUGUACUACAAGGCCAGACGUUCAAAAAUGAGUUUUGCCGAAAUCGCUGAGGUGGCAUUUUUAAAUGGUCCCAAAUGGUGUCGUGGUUUUGCUCCAGUUGCUAAGUUUUCCAUAUUGUUUGGUUUGUUCCUUACCUACUUCGGUACCUGCUCAGUGUACACUGUAAUUGUAGCAAAGAAUUUCGAACAGGUGAUAAAUCAUUGGACAGGCACUGAAAUGAACUCCCGCCUGCUGAUUGCCUCCUUCCUUAUUCCCCUGAUCCUGCUCUCUUGGAUUCCCAAUUUGAAAUAUUUGGCUCCCGUCUCUAUGGUUGCCAAUGUUUUCAUGGGCUUGGGUUUGGGCAUUACUUUCUACUAUCUGGUGCAGGAUUUACCAUCGAUUGAGACACGCAGCUAUGUUUCAUGGUCCACCAUGCCUGCAUUCUUCUCCAUAUCCAUUUUCGCUAUGGAGGCCAUUGGCGUUGUCAUGCCCUUGGAGAAUAACAUGGAAAAUCCCCGCCAUUUCUUGGGUAUUUGUGGUGUUUUGAGCCAGGGCAUGUCUGGUGUUACCUUGAUCUACAUGUUCUUGGGUUUCUUGGGCUAUUUGCGUUAUGGUGAUGCCACUGGUGAAAGUAUUACCUUGAACUUGCCUGUUCAUGAAUGGCCUGCUCAAGCUGUCAAAGUAUUGAUCGCCUUGGCUGUCUACUGUACAUUUGGUCUGCAAUUCUAUGUGUGCUUGGAAAUUGUCUGGGAUAGCAUUAAGGAUAAGUGUACCAAACGUCCCAUUAUGGUUAAUUAUGUCUUAAGAACCGUUCUGGUUACCGCUGCCGUUGGUUUGGCUGUGGCCGUGCCCACCAUAGCUCCUUUCAUGGGUCUUAUUGGUGCCUUCUGUUUCUCCAUUCUGGGCUUGAUCUUCCCCGUCUUUAUUGAAAUUGUCACACAUUGGGAUACCGGUUUUGGUCCAUUCAAUUGGAUCAUCUGGAAGAAUAUUGUCAUAUGCAUAUGUGGUGUGGCUGCGCUUAUCUUUGGUUCGAAUAGUGCCAUUCAAGAUAUUCUAAAACUGUAUGCCCCAGCCGCCAGUGUUCCAGAAGAAGUUGUGGCUGGCAUAUCGUAAAUUUGGAAGAAGGCAUUGCGCAAGAAAAAGUAGAGAUGCUUUACACAAAACAAAACUAGUAUUUGGUGCAAAACAAAAAUUUCAGAAAAAGUUACAAAAAAAAAAAACGGAAACCUAAACAAAAAAAGACAUUUUGAACAAGCAUUCGUUCGAUUGUUGUAUGACAAACAGACUAACUAUUGUUAGUAACUGGAGCUUGGAAUGUAGAAGUUCCCCCAUAACAUUGUUAACAAAAAAUGCUUCAGAUUUGAAUUUUAUGUUUUUUUUUUUUUUGAUUUGUUUUAGAAAAAGCGUUUUUUGAUACAGAAAGUUGCAAGCAAGCCUAAUUUGUAACACAGAAACGAAAUGUAACGAAUGUAAAAAACAAAACAACAAAAGAGAGAAGGGAACUUUGUUUGGUAUAAAAGUUCCCCUAACAAAUGAAACAGUGCCUUUAUUUGUGUGUAAAACUCUGUUUCUUUUUCUAAAAUACUAGAAAAAAACAAUUACUAAAAACAAAAUGCAUGAAAAGUGAAUCCAAGAAAAUUUACAAAAAAAAAAAAAACAAAAACAA